AUGUCGGCCCAGAGGGCAGAACUGAAGAAAACAAACCUGAACAAGAACUACAAGGCAGUUUGCCUGGAAUUGGAGCCAGAGCUGAUCAGAACAUAUGACUACAAAGGAGCUAAACAAGAAGGGCCAUUUACCAAACCAGGAGGGACAAAGGAGCUAAAGAAUGAACUCAGGGAGGUGAGGGAAGAGCUCAAGGAAAAAAUGGAGGAGAUAAAACAGAUAAAAGAUGUAAUGGACCAGGAUUUUGGAAAACUCCAGGAAUUUGUGGAGAUUGUGAAGGAAAUGCAAAAGGAUAUGGAUGAGAAGAUGGAUGUUUUAAUAAAUAUACAGAAGAACAGCAAGCUUCCUCUCAGGAGAGGACCAAAGGAGCAGCAAGAACUCAGGCUUAUAGGAAAGACAGACACAGACCCACAGAUCCGACGGAAGAAAAUGGAUGGAGCUGAUGGAGUACCACUUGCCCUUCACAUAAAGAUGACGGCACUACAACAACCAAAAAGAGAUCCAAUGGAUUCCCUUCACCAAUGUGAUACCUGCUGUGAGCUCUUUAGUAUCUGCCGGCCUUUGGGGGGAACCAAGGUUCGUGAUGAGGAGGGAAAAGUCAAUGCCAACCUCUGUCCAGGAGCCAGUCCUGCUGUGGGCACUGUUGCUUCCCUUUCUUGGAGGAAGGUCUCUCAGCUCACUCAGGGAAAACCAGACCUGUGCCUCUUAAAAGCAUACCCUGACUUGGGACUUAGCCUCUCCAGAGUCUCAGACUGCAUGGGGCACUCCCAGAGCCCCCUGCCCGUCGUGGAGGCCAUGCUCCAGAGUUUUCUACCCCUCCACUCCCCGUCCACACCCCCAGGCCUGCAGCUGCCCUUCUCAGCUCCGUGUUGGCAGCUGAAACAGAAGGCUGUGCUGCCCGCUGCCCUGCACGGUUCCCUGAUGUCCAGAGACCUGCUCAGAAAGUCCGGCCUCGGCGGCUAUGGGCGGGCUGGAGUCGAAGGGCUGGGUCUUUCCUAA